AUGGCGGCACAACUUUUCACGGCUGGACUCAUCUACUGGCUGAUGUGUGUCACAGCCCCAGUCAAUGAUGCCCAGUCCAGUGACUCCAGUUCUCUCAGUGACUACGGCGAUGGCUCUAGCGAUCAUUCGAGUGUGUGGCUGGAACGGGAUCCGUCAUGGGUUGUGAACUCCGCCGGCACACCGUGGGUCUUCAAUGGAGUGACGUAUGAUGCCGCAAAGGCCUUGGAUGGAGACACUGGUACCUAUUGGAACCCCCAGGGCACGGACAGAUACUACAACAGCUGGUACAUUGUACUGGACCUCACAACGCCACAUAAUAUCACUCGCGUCGCUGUUAACAACAUUGGAGACACAAUCCAUGACACUGCAGCCUUCACGCUGCAAAAGUCGCAGGUUGGGAGUCCGUACAACUGGGAGGAUGUAGUGACCGUUACUAACGUGCAGGGAGGGACGUACGAGCGGCAGGAGUUCGGCGGGUUCCAGGGAACAGCUCAGUAUUGGAGGUUCCUAUUUACCAAGACCCACUCCGGCUGGCAGCCAUGGCUCACAGAGCUGGACUUCUACGGAGCCCCCGUCACGGACGCCCAGUCCAGCGACUCCAGUUCCCUCAGUGACUCCAGCGAUGACUCCAGUUCCCUCAGUGACUCCGGCGAUGACUCCAGUUCCCUCAGUGAUUCCGGCGAUGACUCCAGUUCCCUCAGUGACUCCGGCGAUGACUCCAGUUCCCUCAGUGACUCCGGCAAUGACUCCAGUUCCCUCAGUGACUCCGGCAAUGACUCCAGUUCCCUCAGUGACUCCGGCGAUGACUCCAGUUCCCUCAGUGACUCCGGCAAUGACUCCAGUUCCCUCAGUGAUUCCGGCGAUGACUCCAGUUCCCUCAGUGACUCCGGCGAUGACUCCAGUUCCCUCAGUGAUUCCGGCGAUGACUCCAGUUCCCUCAGUGACUCCGGCGAUGACUCCAGUUCCCUCAGUGAUUCCGGCGAUGACUCCAGUUCCCUCAGUGACUCCGGCAAUGACUCCAGUUCCCUCAGUGACUCCGGCAAUGACUCCAGUUCCCUCAGUGAUUCCGGCGAUGACUCCAGUUCCCUCAGUGAUUCCGGCGAUGACUCCAGUUCCCUCAGUGACUACAGUGAUGACUCAAGCGAUCAUUCAAGUCCAGACGAACCAACUGUCAUCGAUUCCGAGUCACUCGAUUCCAGUUACUACAAUUUCUACAGCAACAACUACGACUAUUAUGACCAGCCUAGUACACCCGACUGUGGAGAAAACAUGUUUGCCCCCUCUGGAGGCCCUGUGACGUCACCGAACUUUCCAAAUGAUUAUGGCCUCUAUGAGAACUGCGAGUGGAGGAUCACGGUACCGGAAGGAAGCAUCAUUCGUCUCACGUUUGACAGUUUCAACACUCAAUACCCUUAUGACAUUCUGACCAUCUACGAUGGAGCCGAUGAUAGUGCUCCGCAGUUACAAAGGUUAACAGGCCUACUGCCCGUCAGCCCCAUCACCAGUACAUCUAACAUGAUGUUUCUGAAGUUCACAUCUGACAGGCAGCACACAGCUCAGGGGUUCCAGUUCUCCUACAUAAGCAGCACCCCAGGCCAUUGCUGGGAUCCUGGUAUGCCUGCCAAUGGUUACAGGGAUGACAAUAGUAACUUCACAUCAGGACAGACAAUCAGGUACAGCUGUAUGGCCGGGUACCAGGUGUGGGGAGCUGCCAACAUCACCUGCCGGACGAACGGGACAUGGAGCGAUGCUACACCGACUUGUAAAACUCUGAGAAGAGUUCGUCUUGUCGGAGGUUCCGUUCCGAACGAAGGACGUGUGGAGGUCCAGUCAGAAGACGGUUUGAACUGGGGCACGGUCUGCGGCAACGGUUUUGACUUCAGAGAUGCUGACAUUGUUUGCAGGAUGUUGGGGUAUCUCAGAGCCAACCGAAUCAAUGAACUAGCUAUAGAACAUCAAGGAAAAGGGCCGAUCUUCAUGGAUGACCUAGGAUGUGCUGGGAACGAGAGUAGCCUGUUUAACUGCUCGUACCCAGGAUGGGAGAUCCACGGCUGUCGUCAUUACCAAGAUGUCGGAGUUGUCUGUGAUCCCAGCAGAAUCCGUCUCAUCGGAGGUUCCAGUGAAAACGAAGGCCGUGUGGAGGUCCAGCCGGACAACAGUUUCACCUGGGGCACGGUUUGCCAGGACCAGUUUGACAUGAGGGACGCAGACGUGGUCUGCAGAAUGCUGGGCUAUCCCGAGGCUGACCAGGUUCGCACUGAUGCCAACUUCAGUCAGGGAACAGGACCCAUAUACAUGGAUGACCUACAGUGUGCUGGGAACGAGAGUAGCCUGUUUGACUGCUCGUACCCAGGAUGGACGAUUCACAAUUGUGUCCAUGCCCAAGAUGUAGCCGUGGUCUGUCUUACAAAUUCCAGUAGAGUCCGUCUUGUCGGAGGUUCCGGGCCGCACGAAGGGCGUGUGGAGGUCCGGCCGUCUGACAGCUUCAGAUGGGGGAGAAUAUGCCUUGACAAAUUCGACCCAGAGGAUGCAGACGUUGUUUGUAGAAUGUUGGGCUACCCAAGUUCCCAACAAGUCCGCCAUGCUGAUAAAUAUUUUGGCAAUGAUUUCGGAGCAGCGCCAAUUUACAUGAAUGAGCUUGGCUGCGAUGGGACCGAGAACAGCCUGUUUAACUGCUCGCACGGAGGGUGGUGGAUUCGUGACUGUAGACGAUAUGUCGGAGUUGUCUGCGAUCCCAGCAGAAUCCGCCUUGUCGGAGGUUCCGGGCCAGACGAAGGACGUGUGGAGGUCAGGCAAGAUGGCGGUGUGACCUGGGGGACGGUUUGUCACGACCAGUUUGACUUGAAGGAUGCAGACGUUGUCUGCAGAAUGCUGGGCUACCCAAGUGCUCAGGCAGUUCGUAAUGAUGCCUAUUUCGGCCAAGGACAAGGAGAGAUCUUCAUGGAUGAACUACGAUGUAGUGGGAACGAGAGUAGUCUGUUUGAGUGCUCGUACCCAGGGUGGGGGAUCCAUGACUGUGAUCCUACCCAAGAUGCAGGUGUGGUUUGUACAGGGAAAUCUUUCCUGCUGGUUGCCCUCAUAACGAGUAUUCUCGAAUACGACGGGUCAGAGGUCACGGUUACGGCUUCAAAACUGCCCCGAAUCGACUCCCUGGACUACGACCCUGUAACUGAACUUGUGUGCUUUAUAUCGACCGGCGGCAUCAGGAAGAUCGGUCGCGAUGGACGAAGGAUGGAGACCAUUCUAAACACCAGAUACAGCUCUUAUGGUUUGAGGUUGGACCACGCUGGGGGGAAUGUGUAUUGGAUGAUCUAUGGUAGUAGAGGAACCAUCUCUGUAGCCAGGAAGGAUGGAUCAUUCGUCAGGACACUUCUUACUGUCGAAUGGCCUAGCGGUGUGGCUUUGGACCCCAGAAACGGACUGAUGUACUGGACGAGCGUUGGUAGUGACCCCAGAGUUGACUGUGCUGCUAUGGAUGGUAGCAACCACACUACACUCAUCAGAAACUUGAAUAACCCCAGGGCCAUUACAAUAGACUAUAAAGAGGAUCGUCUGUACUUCUGCGAUCGUUAUACCAUCUACAGCUCAGAUCUGCUGGGCAAUAACACACUGUUCUUCUACGAUACGACUUAUAAAGUCGGAAUUGCAGUGGAUGAUAACUACGUUUACUGGGGGUCAGUUGGAACGGAACGUGGUAUUAGAAUGCUAUCCAAGUACAGCACCAAUCAGACUGUUACUACUAUUAUGGCCGAUGAAGUUUCAUAUCCAGCAGACAUCUACGUGACCACAGCAUCGCCCAUUAAUGUAACCAAUCAUGGGUGUUCUUCGUUCAAUGGAGGGUGUCAGGAGUUGUGCCUUUCGCAUCCAGAGGGAAUCAAGUGCGCCUGUCGAAACAACUGGGAACUGCAGAAAGAUGGAGUGACAUGUUGUCUUUCUGGUUACACCACAUACGCUGGUGCAUGCUUUAAGGCCUACAACCAAGAGAAAACCUACGACCAGGCCAGGCAGGUGUGUGAAGCUGCCGCACCGAAAGGGGUUGUCGGGAUGCUGGCCUUGCCGAAAGACAAACACGUGAACAACUUCUUAAGAGAUCUAAAGAAUGCCGUCAGUGAAAUCUCACGUUUCUGGAUCGGCUUGAGCGAUCAGAUGGACGAGGGUGAGUGGAUGUGGGAAGACGGGACUCCACACGACACCAUCGCUGACUGGAGCAACUGGCAGCUGGGGGAACCUAACGAUAACCAGGGAGUAGAAGACUGUGCGAACUACGGUGGUUCCGGAUGGAAAGACGCAACGUGCUCCUCUGCUUACAAGUUCAUCUGCCAACUGAAAGAAGCAAUAACCUGCUCCAUGGGAUACUUCCGCUGUGGCCACGGCCGUGCGUGUAUCCUGUCAUGGAAGCGGUGUGACGGGAUCUCUGACUGUACGGACGGGAGUGACGAGACGGGCUGUGUGUGCAAGCCAAUACCUGGAGAUUUUCAAAUCGCCAUCAGACUUACGAUGCUGCCGAAUCAGCUGGGCCAGACGACGUUUGAGGAGGUCCAGAAUUCCUCUGUGGUGGAGCUGCUCAACAGUUCGUACAGCAGCUCCGGAAACUACCACCCGGAGUUACGGAAAUUCGUUUCGACGAUCAUUUUCCCGGAGUGCAAUGUCACCGUAGAGAACAGGACCGAUUGCUAUUUGUCUACAAAUGCAACCGACACGGUCUCAUGCAUGGGGAACGUCACGGGUACACAACUGGUACCAUGCCGCACGUGGUGUGAGGAGAUCCUCAACAUGGCCGCUGAUUGGAUGAAAGUCCUGCUGCCGUCAUGUAAACUGUUUCCAUCGUCCAAACACGGCUGCUGGAAUCCUGAUUCAGCCAAGAAGGGAAACGAAGUUUGCUACCAUGGCAACGGCAUAAACUACCGUGGCACAUGGAGUAAAACUACAUCCGGGGCAGAUUGUGUGGAGUGGUCAGCUGCACAAGCCGGUUACUACAAGACAGAGUACCCCUGGGCUAACCUGGAUAACAACUACUGCCGCAACCCGACCGGGCUCGAUCGGCCAUUUUGUUUGACAGAAGACGGUAGCCAGGAGGACUGUGACGUCAUUCCUUGUAAUUUCGACGGUUGUUGGGAUAGAGGUCCUCCAAACUACGGCAAAAGAAGUCCAAACAAGAGGUUCUACUUCGUGGACGAAAGAGUGACGUACACGUGCAACGAAGGCUACACGCUUAAGUCAGGUUACACCAGUGAAGUGAGGUGCAUGCCAGGAGGCGAUUGGCAAUAUGACAAGCCCAGUUGCUCAGUAAACCAUCGACGAAGGCUGCAAGAGGAGCUUCUUGAGAUUUACAGUGCCAGUCUUGCACCUGAGAAUGUCGUCAUCAACUUCACUGGAGCUGUGGAACAGAUAGUCGACUUGGCAAGUACUUUUAUCUCAGAGUUAUUUAUCUAA